AUGAGUCUUUAUGGAUCGCUGUUUAGGCUGGGAAUGGAUUACAGAAAGAAGGCACAUGAUUCGGAUUUAUCGAGUAAUGAAGAUGAUGAUAUCCUGCCCGACACUCAAGAAGUAGCAGAUGUGGAUGAGGAGGUGGACCAGGGUCCUGCCACUAAACGAGCAGCCAAUCUUUGGACUGAUGCUUUGGUGGAUGAAAGUUUACAUGCGAAAGGAUCUCGUAUCUCUUUAGAGAAGAAGAAAAACGAUGGAAGAGUUGCACGUGGAGUGGAGUCAUACCAUAUCCCUUCCAAUUUUGUUCGAGUUGAUAAGGAGGUUUUUGAAUCGGUGAGUUCCACAAAAGUG